CCGAAUUGACCACAAUAAAGAUGACUGACGCUGCGCCAGGACACAAGCGCCCCCUAGAAGACAGUCACAGCCCAGAUGUUCACAAACGCCCUAGAGAGCGUUCGCGGGAUCGGUCCGAGACGAGGGACUGGAAGGAUAUACACCUGAGCUCACCCAGGCAUCGCGGUCCUCCAACACCGCGCAGCAGACGCGACUCCACGGACAGGAGGGGCGGAUACGGUCGGCGGGACGAUUUUGAGCGAAGGAGCAGCGAUUAUCGUCGGGAUAGGGAUAGACGCGGCGACCGCGACCGCGACCGUGAGCGAGAUAGAGAUCGUGAACGUGAUAGGUCGCGGCACAGACGUCGAGACCGCCGCGAUGACCAGACAGACGACGACCGUCGGCGACGCAGUCCCCGAGACCGACCCACCACGGCACCCACGAAUGGUCGUCCGAGGACCCCCAUGGACGAAGGAGAAAGAGAAGAGGGAGAAAUAUCACCUCGUCAAAGCCCGGAGCCUAACCACCACAAGACUUCUACCCCAGUGCCGUCAGACCCCGCACCAUCAGCCUCCACCGCACCGAGCCAGCCAGUUGCCGAAACAGAACCGGAACCAGUGCUGCAGCUCGAACCGGAGGAAAAGUCGGUAGAACAAAUCAUGGCCGAGCGCCGUGCCCGCCGGCAAGCGAUCCUCGCAAAGUAUAAUCGCGUCAACAGCAGCAACGGCGCUUCUGAAAGCAUGCCCUCUACCCCGGGACCUAGCACCCCACAGCAGCAUCGGCACGCCUGCGCCACCUUCAUCCGUCGCGGAGGAAGCGAACGGUGUUGCAAGGGACGGGCGUUCGGCCUCAGCCGAGCCGGAGCCGGGCAUGUUCGAUCUCGUCAAGGAUGAUGAGGAAGGCGGGGCGCAGGCAGAGGCGCAAGCGCAGAAUGUGCAGAAUGGCGCCGUCGAGAUGUCGGCUGCUGAUUAUGAUGCCAGCAAGGAUCGCAGGGAGGACGAGGAGAAGCGGCUACGUGCCAAUAUCAAGGGCGAACCCGAAGACGUGGACAUGGUUGAAGAAGAAGAGGAAGAAGAAGAGGAGGAUGUCGACGACAUGUUCGCGCUGGCCAUGGGUGAGAAGAAGGUCAAAAAAGUUAAGAAAGUUGCGAGACCUGCCGCACCGGCACUCGUAGCGAAUGCCAUCGACUCCGCAGCCGAUGCGGAAGGGUAUUACUCAAUUAUCCUUGGCGAGCAGCUCGACGGCGGUCGAUAUCAAGUAUUCUCCGUCCUCGGAAAAGGAAUGUUCGCCAAUGUCGUCCGUGCGCGAGUUCUUCAGUCUGAAGACGGCCAGGCCAACAAGGAAGUCGCGAUCAAGAUUACGCGUAAUCAGGAGUCGAUGGUGAAAGCAGGGCUGAAGGAGGUGGCUAUCCUGAACAAGCUCAAACAGGCCGAUCCCGAUGAUAAAAAGCACAUCGUCCGUCUUGAAAGGACGUUCGAGCAUCGUGGACAUCUUUGCUUGGUAUUUGAGUCGAUGAGCAUGAACUUGCGAGAUGUCGUCAAACGAUUUGGCAAGGACGUUGGCUUGAACAUUCGAGCAGUCAGAGCAUACGCUCAUCAGUUAUUCCUUGCCUUGAGUUUGCUCAAGAAAUGCAACAUAAUGCACGCGGAUAUCAAGCCUGACAACAUCCUUGUUAACGAUGCUAAGACGCUGCUGAAACUUUGCGACCUUGGGUCUGCCUCUGACGUGUCCGAGAAUGAGAUAACUCCUUACCUUGUUAGCCGAUUCUACCGGGCACCUGAAAUCAUCAUGGGCGCUCCCUAUGAUGCCGCCAUUGAUGUUUGGUCGGUCGGUUGCACACUUUAUGAGCUGUACACUGGCAAGAUCCUCUUUCCUGGACGAUCAAAUAACCAGAUGCUCCUCCACAUGAUGGAGCUGAAGGGUCGAUUCAACCAGAAGAUGAUAAAAAAGGCCAAGUUUGGCGAUAUGUAUUUCGACACCAUGGGCGCGUUCAACAGCGUUGAUCAGGACCGCAUUACAGGCGGGACCGUUGUGCGAACCGUACACAUCACCAAGCCUUCCCGCGACUUGCGGGCGCGACUGAUGCCACCUGCCUCAGCGAAACUAAAGGACGAGGAGAACAAACUGCUCACAUCCUUCAUCGACUUGCUGGACAAAUGCUUGGCACUGGAUCCUGCCAGACGGAUAACACCCAGGGAAGCACUCGUGCACCCCUUCAUCCGGGGAUAGAAGGAGAGAUGGAUAUCAUCUUCGCGUUCGUCCAUAGAUACCAGGUGCCACUGAGCCCUGGUGCAAUCUUUGUACGAACUACCCCAUGAUCACUGAUAAUCAGAUGCAUU